ACUUUUCGCAUCAAAAGUCAAAACGGCUGUAAAGUGUAAUUCCUGUUUCAAAGUUUUCGUUUUAUUUAUUAGUGUUAAUAAAAUUAACAUAUUUUAUGAAUAUAUCAUGUUUUUCUAAAUAAAAUAUUAUCGUUCAUGUGCUACCUAAUCAGAUAACAUAAUUGAAAAAAAAAACAAGAAUGGAGGCGAACGGUGUUGUUCUUAGUAGUAACUUAAUAAAAUGGUUACAAACUCUUAAUCUCACAGCAAAACAUGGAAAUCCUGCAGAACUAUCUGACGGUGUAGCAAUAGCUGAAGCUCUAAGCCAGAUUGCACCAGAAUUCUUCACUGCUUCAUGGAAUUCAAAAAUUAAAACUGAUGUGGGACAAAACUGGAGACUCAAAGUUAGUAAUAUAAAGAAAAUAUUAGAAGGAGUUGUAGAUUAUCAUCAAGAUGUUCUCAAUUUAAGUCUCCAAGAGUUUUCACGGCCAGAUGUUGUAAACAUUGCUGAACAUGCAGAUCCAGAGGAUUUAGGGAGACUUCUACAACUUGUGCUUAGUUGUGCAGUCAACUGUAACAAGAAAGAAGAGUACAUCACGCGAAUUAUGGAACUAGAGCUGUCAUGUCAGCGAUCUAUAAUGCAAGCAAUACAGGAGUUGGAAAAUAUUACUUUGGGACAAAUUCGAGCGAGUCUGCCUUUGGAUGAGCCCACGGUGGAGCCCACGGAUGUUGAUAUGAAAGAGGUUCUUGCUCAGAGAUGCCAUGAACUUGAUGCACAAGUAAAAGCCCUUCAAGAAGAAAAUAUGACGCUAUUAAGUGAAAUGAAUAGGCUCACUGCAGCCCGGGAGGCUGACAACGAGAGCAAAGACGAUCUGGAUGAUGCAGGUGCAUCGUUAGGACCAGCACACGCUGGUACAUUACGAUAUAGCAAUAUGCGUAAACAACUGGAUUCUUUGAAAGAUGAACUGGAUAAGGUGGAGUUACAGAGAGAUGAUCAGAAAGCGAGAGCAGAUGUACUUGAACGAGAAGUUGCGCUUUUGAAAUUGAAGAAUGAAGAGCUACAGAUAGCGGCAAUUGACAACGUCGCGCUGAAAGACGAAGUUGAUGCGUUGAGGGAAACAGCGGCGAAGGCGGCUGCUUUGGAAGCCACUGUGGCCUCUUACAAGAAGAGGAUGGAGGAACAUGUGGACUUGCGGAGACGGGUAAAACUACUUGAGGUAGCAAACACAGAGCACGUACAUCGGGCUAUAGAGUACGAGCAGGCGGCAAACCGCGCCAACGCUAUUCGGGGACAAUUAGACAUUUAUAAGAAACAGGUAAUCGAUUUAAAUGAGAAGUUAGAUGCUGAAGUAACCAAAGCUGACCGAUUGGAGAUAGAAAACAAGAAACUUAGCAGUCACGUGGCGUCGCUCCAACGAGAGAAAGAAACAUUGCUGCAAGACCGAGAUAAACUGAAGGAGACGGUGGAAGAGUUGCGCUUUUCAACUAUUACAUCAGAUGAAGUUGCCAACGCAAGAGCGAAUGAAGAAAAUGUAUCGCAGGAGUUAAUGCCAAACGAUGUUAAAGAGAGAUUAAUAAGACUAGAACAUGAAAAUAAGUUAUUAAAGCAGAACCAAGGCUCACAGGCUGAUCAGGCUUCAGUACAAACUCUUCUAGAAGACUAUGUGGCUCGUUUGGAGAAGCAGCGAGCGAUGAAUCGCGAGGCAAAUCAGCGGAUUAUGCAGUUGGAAGCGGCCAUAGAAGCGCCCCACCCAAGACUAGCUUCUGCUAUUGAAGAUAAUCAAAGAAAAUCGCUGCAAUUAGAAGAGCUGCAAGCGGCUUUAGCUGAAGAACGGCGUCGAGCAGGCAAACUCCAAGAGGCCGUAGCCGCACGUGAGGCGGAACUGCUAGCGACAGAAGACAAGUACAAGAAGUGCGUCGAAAAGGCCAAGGAAGUCGUACGAACGCUUAAUCCGAGGACCACAGGUCAACAACCCUUGUCAGAUGCAACUUUGGGAUACUCUCGAGCGAUCACUAGUGCAAGUGGCGCGUGUACGACCGUCGCACGACCUGAAACCACGCCCCCUAACGCGCAGAGACAUGAGUGGAGCGGGACAGACGAGAGCCGUGUGUCAGUGAACGAGCAACGGCUAAUGGCGUCCGCUUGGUACGAGCUUGGCGCGCGUUGCCAUCGCGACGCAGUCGAAAGUAAGUUUGCGUUAUUAUCGGCAGGACACUCGUUCCUGGCGAGACAAAGACGUCAACCGCCCAGGCCGAGGCAUUCCCCCGCUGCGCCUGCGCAUUAACCUACAUUCGUUGUGUUCCAACACCAUCUAAACAUUACGCACAGGUUGCUAUAUUGGCAGAUUUAAUUGGUGUGUGUAAAGGAGUCUUUAUUAUUAAUUCUUAAGUAAAUCUGUUCAAUUAAUUAUGUGAAUAUUGUAAUAAUCUUUUAUAAAUUUCUUGCAUUCAAACUAGUUUUACUGUAUUUUAUGUUAUAUAUCUCUGUAUAGUUUUAUGUUUUAAUCUACAAUAUCAAACUUGAAUCUGGUUUCAAGAGCUGUCAAACCUUUAUGUAUGAAUUUUGACAUUUUUGACAGAGCUAAAGAGCAAAUGGACCUUUAAUAUACCAAUAUAGCAAUUAUUGCAUUGUGUUGUAAGUUUUAAAUAGGUAAUAUAAAAAAACACUUCGAGUGUUUUAAUAAAAUCCUUUUUUUAAUUCUUACAGACAAUAGUUGUUAGUAAGUUGUAUUAUAAAAUGCGUUUUAUAAUUGUUAUUUUUAGAUCCUAAUUUUCCUGUUUCUCAAUCUAAACACACUGUUACUUAGAAUCUACUCUAAAAAUAUUGUAAUAUCAAAACAACACCGAUAUUAAAUUUAUGUGGCCUUAGUAACGCAUAAUAUAAAUAUUUUUUAUGUAAUUAGAGAGUAUUAUUAUAUAAGCUGAGUGUAAAACGUGAUAGUAACUUAGGAACAUUUCAUUAUAUAUUAAGUUAUCAGUUAUGCCGUAACAUAUACUCACAUACGUAUAUUUUAAUUCUUCAUUCAGGGUUUUUUCUGCCAUUAAAUGCAAUAUUUUUUAUUUUCAAACUAUCAAAUAAUAAUUACGCUCACGUUAAUCACAUUAUUUAGUUAUAUGGAAUGUUAAAAUUAUAUGUAAGCUAUAUGAUAUAAUAUACUAAUAAAGUGUUCGUUAGGAUAGAAGAUGCUUCGUCAAUUUAAUAGUUGCUGAUAAAUUAAUGAUUUUGAUCGCUUCAAGUGCUAAAAGUUUCGUUUGGCACAUUGUAGCAACUAACUAAUAUGUUUUAGUUAAAAAUCCAUCAGAAGAUGAUUAUGGACUUGUAAUAUUAUUUGCUUCCAACUUUUAUUUACUACAUUACAUUAGGAUCUAAACUUUUAAAUGUGUUUAGAACAAUAUUGAUCAACAAUUGAUUUUUAUAUUCUAUUAUUUUCGCUAUUGGACACGGCCAUUGUUCAUAAUAAUGUAGUUUUGUGACAUCCACCUAUCAGAAUUAUAGUGUAAAAAGUAAUCUUUAAGCGUACCUCAUUUGAAAUUAUCCCAUCUGUACUAUAUAAGAAUCAUUUAAUGUUAUAUUUGUGAUUAUCGACUUGUAUUGGAUUAUUGUUUAUAAUUAUUAUGUUUAUCUUUACGUUUAUAUGAUUUUGAUUGAAAUAUUUUAUCAACGGUUUUAAUAAAUUUU